GACAGAGGCACCCUUUAUGAAAUCGGCUUUAAGAAAUUUGAGAACACUUUCCCAAAUUUGGCUCUGCAGACAGCCUACAGUUGUUUUAUCUUUCUGACUUUUCGACAACGUUGUUAUGAAAUAAAAAUAGUCAUUCCGAAGAAAAGAUUUAUGAAGUCGAAGAAAUCAUUGAUCAACAGACUUUUUCCGCUGGGCAUGGAAUACACUACAUACGACAGCUCGACCAUGGUCUCUAUAGGUAACUUUUUGUGGCUGCUGUUGUGCAAGUACUGGAUCUUCUUCUGCACCAUCAUGAUGGCCGUGGUGUCUAUGGAGGAUAUAGUCAUCUACAGAAUCAUCUACAUGGUUCUCUUUCUUCUCUUUGUCAUCACAUUCAAUCUGAACUUUGAACUGUGGAGGUCAAUCAACUACACAUUCUGGUGGGUGGUGACCGUCUACUCUAUCCUGGUACUCACAUUGAUAUAUACAUACCAAUUUGAGAAUGCUCAUCUUUACUGGAAGAACAUCACAGGCUUCGAGGAUAAAUUGUUAGAAGACAUUGGGCUCAAGAAGUACGACAUUGCUGGCCUGUUCUUCAGCUUGCUGACCCCAACUUGCUUCCUGGUGAUCGUCAUCAUGCAGCUGCGCUUCUUCCACAAAACGUUCCUCAGUCUUAGCCGACUGGAUCGUUACAU